AUGGCGUCUAAAAGAGGGUAUGGAUCUAAACCAGCUGUACAACUACCUCAUUAUAAAUAUAUUGAGUUAUCUGAUGGAAAAUGGCGUACUAAUGAGCACUCAAUGUAUAAUCUAUCAUCAAAGACUGAUGAUGAUGAUAAGAAUACUGUUACUAACAAUAUUUAUAUAUUAGAGAUAUCAAUCAACACUGUGUUCUGGCAGUGUAUAAAGAAACCUGAAGCAAUAGACCAAUGGCCUGUGGGUAGAUGGUUACAUGCAGGUGCUAUUAUUAUAACUGGAUCAGACUGUCCUAUGCUAGUGAUAAGUGGUGGGUUGGAUAAGAAUGAUGAUACAUUAGAUGAUUGUUGGAUCUUUAACAUCACUCAACAUUCCUGGAUAAAGUUAGCUGUACCUCACUCUGUUAGUAAGAGAUCUAAUCAUUCUCUCUCAGUGUUCAUUAUGAGUCCUCAUUGUGUCUGGAUGAUAACUGCUGGAGGAGGUGUUGAUAAAAUGCGGAUAUUAGUCACUAAUCCUAACAUUGUUAUGAUAACUGAACUAGUUACUAACAGUAAAGGAGAGUGGACAGUAGGUGAUACAUUAGAUACCAAUGGUAUGAAUAAUGAAGAAUACAAGAAGAAGUAUCAGCAACAACUACAGACAGUAAGAAGAAUAUGGUUGGAGGAGUACCAGCAACCAAGAAAAGGAGAUACAGCCAAUAUUGAGCAAACCGUACAAGCUCUUAUGAAGAGUCUUGAAGAGAAGGAGAGAGAAACACAAGUUUAUCAUCAACUAUUGGAGCAGAAGGAAAGAGAAGAAGCAGAGAAAGGGCAAGAAAUAAGAAGAUGUCGUCAUCAGCUACAGGAGAAGGAUAGGGACCACAAGGUAAAGAUGUAUGCCCUCUCUGGUGACUUCAUCGGAGAGUUUGGAGAAAAUGGCAGCGGUCCAGAGCAAUUUGCUUAUCCACGUGGCAUAGCAUGCGAUAAUGAGGGGUAUCUAUUCAUUGCUGAUUAUAGCAACACUCGUAUAUUGAUCCUCACUAUGGAGGGUAAGGCUGUCUCUUCUAUUAACUGCAGAACCAAACCAGUUGAUGUUGCAGUGAGUGUUAAUGGUUCAAUUCACGCAGCUCUUGAUUACAGCAAUGUUAGUGUAUACACUAGAUCUGAUGGUGGGGAAUAG